AUGCCUCUGAUUUUGCAUGCGACAUUCGCGCUGCACGUCGGAUUCUGGGCCGUGCUGAUCAUUGUCAUCUGUGUUAUAUCACCCAGCAAAAAUUCUGCGGAAUUCGUCUUCACCACUUUUAUCAACGAUUCGGGAUGGAGUAGUGACGGCGUAGCUUUCAGCAUUGGUUUGCUGAGUAGCACAUAUGUGCUUGCGGGAUACGAUAGCGCGACCCAUCUCACCGAAGAGAUCAAAGAUCCCGAACGCAACGUUCCGCGAGCCAUGCUGGCAUCAAUCAUCAUCAACGGGGCACUAGGAUUCGGGUUCCUGCUCGUCAUCCUGUUUUAUAUGGGCGACAUCACCGAAGCGAUGGAAACGACAACCGGAUACCCCAUCAUCGAGAUCUUCUAUAAGAUCAGUCGCAACAAGGCAGCAGCAUCAGCCAUGACCUGCGCCCUCAUCGUCAUAGCGGCAUUGGCAACAGUACCUCUUCUUCUGACAGCAUCUCGAAUGCUCUGGUCUUUCGCCCAGGACGCUGGACUACCUUGCUCGAAAACGCUAUCCCGUGUUGACAGCAAACAUCAUGUGCCUCUACCAGCGAUAGCGGUCACCAGCGUCUUUCUCAUUUUGAUCGGCCUCCUGAACAUCGGUUCCACUACUGCUUUCAACGCUAUCGUAUCACUCGGCACAGUCGGUCUGUACAUCUCAUACUUGAUGCCAAUAUUGCUCAUAUUUUACCGGCGGAUCGCUCGUCCAACGACACUACCAUACGGUCCCUUUAGGCUCGGGAAGCUGGGUGUGGGUGUCAACCUUGUCUCCAUUCUUUACACUGUCUAUGUGUCUAUCUUCCUUCUUUUUCCGCCAUAUCAACCUGUCACGGCUCAGAACAUGAACUAUGCGCCCGUCGUACUGGGAGGCGUUCUGGUAUUGAGUGCUGUGUGGUGGUUUGUCAAAGGGAAAAGGCAGUUCGUUGGGCCGGUGCUGGACACGAUUGAAGGCCGGCCUGCACUGAAUGAUGCAAGAGUUUAA